UGUACAUUCCUACUUGUUCUGCCGUGGAUUUGCAUGUCAGUGGGUGAGACUCCGAGCUAAAACUGGACGUCAACAUUCGGACUGCCAGGCCAACAUGGGAGUGAAGGAGAUGUUAAAUCUGGCCCGGGUGCCAUCCAUUCUCAUGCUUGGUGUGAUUUAUGUGGUCUACGUGCUGAUUGGUGGCGUGAUUUUCUGGAAGCUGGAAGGAGAUCUUGGAAGGAAGGAUCUCUCCAAGUUGCUCCUUAACAAACAGAGGCUGCUAAUGACAUACAGCUGCCUGAACCAAGAAGGUCUAGAGGACGUGGCUCAGGUUGUUCGAGAUGUAUCAAAGGUUGGUCUGAGUUUGAAAGGCAACCAAACUGCAGACGGCUUCUGGAAAUUCACCAGCUCGGCUGUGUUUGCUGCCACUGUGGUCACAACUAUAGGUUAUGGAAACAUGAGCCCCAGCACAACAGUUGGUCAGAUCUUCUGCGUCUUCUUUGCACUCUUUGGGAUUCCUCUCAACGUAGUGGUGCUCAACAGAGUGGGCAAGUACAUGCUCGCAUUGGAGAGAAAUGUCUCAGACUUCCUGCAAGGCAAAUCUGGACGAAAGGGGUGCACACGGUUUUUUGUCCACCUGUUCUGCUACAUCUGUGGCACCGUCCUGUUCUUCAUCAUGCCCAUGCUUGUGUUCCAGCAGCAGGAGGGCUGGACCUACUCCCAGGCUAUCUAUUACUGCUUCAUCACCCUCAGCACCAUUGGUUUUGGGGAUUUUGUAGCAGAUAGUAAUCCAGACAAAGACUACCCUGACUGGUAUAGCGUCCUCAUGGCCUCGUGGAUCUUUUUUGGCCUGGCCUGGCUCGCCCUGCUCAUCAACCACUCCAUUGACAUCCUGGAGCGGCUUAACUCCCUCCUCAAAAAAGGCUGCUGUGGUGAGAAGACUCUGGAAGAGUCUGAGAGCGCAGACAACGACAAUCCCGACACUCAAAUGGAGCAUGAUGAGAUGAAGAAGUCUCCGAUAAAUCAGUAAUCUACAACAACAAGGAAGAAGGGGCUGGCUGCUCUCCAGGUUGUUCAGAACUGCAGAGAGACUGUUGUUGGGCUCAGACAGAGGAACUCAUAUAACCUAUGUCUUAUAGUUGCUACUAUAGAUCUAGGUUUUACUUUAAAAUGUUAGUCUUAACCUUCUGAGCUUUACAUGGACAAGCGUCUUCUAUUGUUGAUUUGAUUUAAAUAUAGGCCACUUCCUAUGUUCUGAAGUUACUGAAUCAGAACCUGUUUGUGGUCAUCAAAACUCAAUGAGAUUGAUCUUUCCAAGCUGGUGUCACCCAGACUGUUGAAAUACACUGCCUAUAUAGUUUUGGACCCUGCUGAUACAUUUAAAAACCAGCUAAAAAUAUUUUUAUUAAAACCUUUAGUGGGUUUUUGUAAAAUGCAUUUUUGAUUGUGUGUUUUUUUUUUGUCUGCAUUGUACAUUGUAUGUUCUUGGGCUACUCUUUUUGUAAAUCACUUUGUGACAUUUGUAUGGGAACUCCUGCUAUAUAAGUGAAUUUUUAUUUACUUUACUCACUUGCUUAAGAGAAGUACUGAUAUUAUCCCCAGGUACCAAACAAAGAUCCCUGUAGACUGUACAACUUGAGGUGGAUCCACAGAGCCUAAUAACAUCUUUACAAAAAGAUUGAAGUUCAGGAAGUUUGGGAAAGAAUAUGUAAACAGUCUAGGUCAUUUUAUAUUUUACAGUUUUCAUGCAUUUUUUUAAGGUUUUUUAGGUAGCCUUGAUACAAAAACAACAUUUUAAAUGCCUCUGGUUUGUCAUUUCACAAACAAAAAUAAAAGGUUCCACAAAGAUG